GUGGAUUUUUUUCUUUUUCCUUGGCUUAUCUGUACAGUACCAACCAUGCUGGGAGCACCUCUUUUGCGCUUAGCGACUACAUUUCGAGGUCAAAUACUGUCAGCCAGGCUGAAGUCGGCUUUAGCAAACGCCAAUAAAAUACUCGAGGCAGAGCUUCAAAGCAUCAAAGGCGCCGGAACGUGGAAGAAUGAGCGAAUUAUAACAUCGAAGCAGGGCCCGCACAUAACAGUGCAGGGCAGCCGAGAAGAUACGCUGAACUUUUGUGCUAACAACUACCUUGGGCUGUCUAGUCAUCCAGCAGUAAUUGCAGCAGGAAUAGCAGCACUAAGGGAUUAUGGUGCAGGUCUUAGCUCUGUCCGCUUCAUAUGUGGCACACAGGAUCUACACAAAAACCUGGAACAAAAAAUUGCAGAAUUUCACCAGCGAGAUGAUGCAAUUUUAUAUGCCAGUUGCUUUGAUGCCAAUGCCGGAAUCUUUGAGGUUCUUUUGACUCCAGAAGAUGCCAUUCUUUCAGAUGAGCUAAAUCAUGCAUCCAUCAUUGAUGGGAUCAGAUUGUGCAAAGCCAACAAGUACAGAUAUCGGCACCUGGACCUGACCGACCUUGAAAACAAGUUGAAGGAUGCUCAGAAACAUCGGCUACGUCUCAUUGCUACGGAUGGUGUGUUUUCAAUGGAUGGGGACAUUGCUCCACUUAAGGAGAUAUGCGACUUGGCAGAGAAGUACAAUGCCAUGGUAUUUAUUGAUGAGUGCCAUGCAACCGGAUUCAUGGGCCCGACUGGCAGGGGCACAGAUGAACUGCUAGGAGUGAUGGACAGAGUUGCGAUAAUCAAUUCAACAUUGGGCAAAGCUUUAGGUGGCGCAGCAGGUGGCUACACUGUGGGACCACAAGCUCUAAUUGACCUUCUAAGACAACGCUCACGACCUUAUCUUUUUUCAAAUACUCUUCCUCCACCCGUUGUGGGCUCUGCCACCAAAGCACUGGAAUUGCUGAUGGCAAGUGCAGAGAUUGCACAAAGCAUGGCAGCCAAAACCAAGAGAUUUCGUAGUGAAAUGCAAGCUGCUGGGUUUACAAUUGGAGGUGCAGAUCAUCCCAUUUGUCCUGUGAUGCUGGGAGAUGCGCGUCUUGCUUCUCUUAUGGCUGAUGACAUGCUGAAGAAAGGGAUUUAUGUGAUUGGAUUCAGCUAUCCUGUGGUGCCAAAGGGCAAGGCUAGGAUUCGUGUGCAGAUCUCUGCUGCACACAGUAACGAAGACAUUGACCGCUGUGUAGAUUCAUUCAGAGAAGUAGGACGCAAACAUGGUGUGGUUUCUUAGUGCCAUUGUCAAUUUAACACCUACCUGUUUUGGAUCAAGCAAGAGGAGUCACCAUUGAUUGGGGAAGGCUGAUUCACUGUCUAGUUUCUUUGUACUUGGAUAUAUGCCAAGUCAUAAAGCUGAGAACUUUAUCUGGUGUUUGAACAUGGCAGGAGAAGCUUUCUGAUAAGAUGGCAGUGGUUGAAGAUUCUAAAUAAAGGUCAAGUAAUACUAAAGUAAAAA